AAUUCACACGUGCAUUUUUGAGGCAAGAACCAUGUUAUUUGACUUGUCAGAGUACGAUGCCGUUGGCUUUGAUCUCGACCAUACUCUGGCAAAAUACAAAGUGCCCGAGAUGAUGAGUCUCUCUUUUGAUGCCGUGGUGCAGUAUCUAGUAAAAGAGAAAGGCUAUGAUGAAGACCUGUGUAGGCCUUUUAGUGAAGAUGAAGAUUUUUGCACAAAGGGUUUAAUAUAUGACAAAAUCAAAGGAAACUUUUUGAAGUUGGAUGAAAAUGGAAAAAUUCUAAGGGCAAGUCAUGGGACACGCUUUAUGACUGAUGCUGACAUUGAGGAAGUAUUUGGAAAAAGCAGAAAAUGGGAGCACAGUGAUGAAUUGAUGGGUUCAGUGAACAAUGCAGAUACCUACAUGAUUUUUGAAAAUUACUUUGAUAUGAUAGGGAUAUUGAUAUUUGGAAGACUGGUAGACAUGGUUGACAAGAAGGCAGAAAAACCUACUGAAGACUACAAGUUUCUGUGGAACGAUGUCAUAGCUGGCUAUAAUAACUCUUAUAGGCACCAGGCAUUUACAGGUUUAGGAAAUGGAAUGACAUCUGCUGAUUUCCACAUAUCCAAGACAAAAAUCUGUUCCCCUUAUUCUGUUGAAUAUGGCGCAUAUUCACUUGGCAAGAACCCUUGUGAAUGUAAUGGAAAAUGGACUAUGGUUUACAAGGUCAAACUCUCUUUUGAUGCUGUGGUGCAGUAUUUAGUAAAAGAGAAAGGCUAUGAUGAAGACCUGUGUAGGCCUUUUAGUGAAGAUGAAGAUUUUUGCACAAAGGGUUUAAUAUAUGACAAAAUCAAAGGGAACUUUUUGAAGUUGGAUGAAAAUGGAAAAAUUCUAAGGGCAAGUCAUGGGACACGCUUUAUGACUGAUGCUGACAUUGAGGAAGUAUUUGGAAAAAGCAGAAAAUGGGAGCACAGUGAUGAAUUGAUGGGUUCAGUGAACAAUGCAGAUACCUACAUGAUUUUUGAAAAUUACUUUGAUAUGAUAGGGAUAUUGAUAUUUGGAAGACUGGUAGACAUGGUUGACAAGAAGGCAGAAAAACCUAUUGAAGACUACAAGUUUCUGUGGAACGAUGUCAUAGCUGGCUAUAAUAACUCUUAUAGGCACCAGGCAUUUACAGAGGAUGCAGGAGGAUUUUUUCCAGCUAUCAAAAAAGAUGUUGAAAAAUAUUGCAAUAAAAGAACAGAAGAAGUCAAAUCUUGGCUCAGGAAACUAAAGGAAGAAAAGAAGACAGUAUUUAUGCUGACUACAUCUUAUGUCAAUUUUGCAUCUCAUGUUGCGGAAUAUUCACUUGGAUCAGACUGGAAAUCCUACUUUGAUAUCAUCAUAACCAAUGCUAAAAAACCAGGAUUUUUCCACAAGAACAAUCACUUUCUAAGACUUGAUGGUGAUAAGGAACGUGAACCUGUACAGAAACUUGAAAGAAACCACACAUAUUCUCAAGGAAAUUUGAAAGGACUAGUCUCAUUCUUGCAAGAGCAAACAGAAAAAGAAAAUCCAAAGGUAGCAUUCUUCGGAGACAGUCUGCGCUCGGAUGUCUUUCCUUCCAAAAUGUAUGCAAAUUGGGAAACCGUGUACGUCCUUGAGGAGAUGGAGACGGAAGGAAUGGUUGGUUAUGAAUGUACAAGCAAGGGCCAGAAACAUACCAUAGAAGUUCAAAUAGAGGAUGAUGGGGAACCAAAAACUAAGAAAAUGAAAACUGUUCAACACGAGCUUCCUAGCAAAGAAGAGCAGGCUUUCCUUUCAUCUUCUUUAUGGGGCUCCUUCUUUAGAGAUGAAACAUUAGAACACCUGAAUAGUAAUGAAACCAAACCAAAGACAGACUCUGAAGCCAAGUUUAAGCAUAUGAACACCUUCUGGGGAUAUUUAACGAGGAAAUAUGCAGACAUUGCUGUGCCCCAGCUUGAGUACAUUGCAGAUUUCCCACUUGACCACAAGUAUCAAGUGUUUGAUCAUGAAAACGAGCACAAGAGUGGAUUCUAUCCUGGAAUACCCAAACCACUGCAGUUGUAAUGGUGACAUUUCUGUGUAUUCACAGUGGGGUUUAAUCACAAAAGGUGAUAGAGAAAUGUUAUUUUUUUCUAUAAUUUUAUGAUCAUGUGCUGAAUAUAAUUUAGUAGAUUAACAUUUAAAGAGUAGUUUUGCUGCAAACCUAACUGUAGUGGGACAUAUAAGUGAAAUGUCAGCAGUAUUUAGACCGCCCUAACUGCAUAAUGGAUUUUUUUAAAUGUUCGAACCAGUUAAAUAUUAGUUACUUAUUUUGCAGGCUUGGGGCAGCGAAUGAAAUAAUUAAAAUCCUUUUUGUGCAAUCAACAGUUAUGGUCACUUUUAGUAAAUAUCUCUUCAUUUUAUUCUUUUGCCUUAUUUUUUAAUAUUUUUUAUCAGUUCAUUAGAUUCUGUAUUGAUUUUUAUUGCCAGAAUGGCUUUGAAUUGCCCGGUAUGUUUGACAUCUUUGUAUGUUAUAUAUCAAUAUAGAAAACAGCCAAUUGGUAUUAUGAAUAUUUUUAAUUAAUGAUAGAAGCAGGUCAUAGAGAUUGUUUUCCAAAGAGUAUUGGUGAAAUGAGGUUGGUUGAGCAUUUACCAUUUUUAUAUUCCUUUUUUGCAAAGGCUCAACAACAUUUUUUUUUAUACAGAGUUGUAAAAUUUUCUUUAGGUACACUAAGAUUUCAUAGUAAAAGGUCCACUUUUUCAGAAAAAUAACCCCUCCUUUUGAAAUUGCUGGAUAUGGGCCUGAUUCAGUAAACUUACUCUUGCUGUCACAUACAUUGUUAAUGAAAUGGACACCAAUUUGUAUGACUAAUUGAAGAGUGUUACCUUGCUUGAUGAGCACACCCAAUAAUGUAUGUAUGACAUUAAUGCUUAGACUAUUUUUCUAAUUUUUGAUGUUACACAAAAACAUCACUCAAUAAUGCAUUGUGUCAUAUUGCCACUGUCAUAUAAUUUGUAUUGAGAAAAAGUUUGGAUGCCAUCUUCAUGUUUUUUUGUCACAUUUGAGGCACGCUCAUUUUAUAAACUUUUAUAAUAGAGGUUAUUGUUGCUUUUAAUCAAACUUUUGCUCAGUGCCAAGGAGAAAUGACUGCACAUAUAUCCUGACACUCUGAUUUGGGGAUUUUUUUGACCAAUCUAGAUUUUGGUUGCGAGAAUUGGUUGCCAGAUGAAAUUGUGUCAUAUUCUUUCACAUAGCAGCCAGCACCUUUGAGUUUUGUACUUUUGUACUCAUUCUCAUUGUACUCAUUCUUGAUUAAAAAAGAUAAUAACCAGUGUAAUCCAGUCAAGUUCAAUUAAAAAUUUGUGUGGAAUUCAAUUAUUUUUAGACACUGCCAUUAAUAUUAGAUGUGUGUAUGAGGGCUGUUGAUGGCUUCUAAAUUGUGAUGAAUAUCUUUCUCUUUUAUGUUUUCACUUCAAUUUUUUCUUAAGUAAGUCUGUGGCAUAAUACAUUACAAGCAAAGCAGAUACGUUUUAUAUCUUUGAAACAUACACUGCCUUACUCUGCAAUAUGAGAAGAUCCCAUGAGGUUUAAGGAGCAUACCAAACCUAUGCUGUAUAAAAUCAAUAAAAUUGCAAGCUCCCAAGCUGCUGCUUGCAAA